ACAGCACUUGGGGGAGACAAGACGAAAGCCCCUGUGGGCUCGCACGUGUCUAAUGACGUCACAGUGGAUAUUACUUUCAACAGCCACCGCAUGGGCCGUCAAAGUUCAUGAAUACAACCGUGAUCGAAGUUACACGUUUUCAAGUACAUCUGUAUACUCUUCGUAAUGAAUUUGCAUGCUAUAAACCAAGGAUAAUAUACUCCAAUUAAGUUGUCGAAAUAAAUCAUAGUAAACGCCUGUCGAACGCUGUCAGCAGUUGUUGACGCGUUUCACUGUUCGAUUACUUUGGUACUUUUAAGAAGCGACACUAAUAAGUUGUAUAUUUUAUUUUUACACACCUGAAUUCUUGUAGUUCGAUAGUAAGAUGUGGCAGUCAUACGCUGAGGAAUACGGAACAAGCAUGCACGAGUUAUCGGGGCAACCGGCGUCUAGAGGGCGACUGAUGUAUCUGAAACAGCAGGCUACUUAUGAACUUCCUCAAAAUGAACUUUUACAUGCCCCUAUAUCCACAAAGUUACAAUAUAGUGAACCAAAAACAGUAAAGCAUACGAGCCAGAUGGUGGACGUAUAUGUCAACCCGCAGCAUUUGGUCGAGGAAGACCGCCCAAAACGGCGCACCCUUUCCCCAUCCAGACCUAAAGUUCAAAGUAAAGAGCUACUUACAGGUAAACGCGGUAGUCGAGCAGCGGAAAUGUUCGUACGUGCGCGAGAACAUACUGACCAACACGUUAUUGACGAGGAAAAAGUUACAAAAAGGAGACAAGCUAGAAAUUGUCCACCAUGGGGAGCAACGUUCGGAUAUCCAACAAUUAAUGUUGACGAACCCUACGAUGAACCGGUUUCAAAAAAAUUCCAAAAUGUUACUAGUCCCAGUCUGCCGCGAAAACCUAAGCCUAAAACGAAACCAAUAGAACAAGUUGAUUACAGUUAUAGCAAUGGAUAUCGGCCUCGCAGUAGUGACCUAUGGAAAAGUAGGCCUACUGAUUCAGAACGCUUGAAAAGAUUUCACAAAGACGUAGAGCCUUAUAAAAUGAACUACAACCGCGCACCAACGGGCUGGGCAAAUAGUUCUGAAAGUUCGGAUUUAGACGCAUUUGACCUUGGAAGUAUAGAUGCCCAGCUACCUAAGGAGGAAUUUAGACCGAGGAUGUUCACUACAAAAACACGACAAGGCAGACUGCGCGAUUAUAAUUCAAGACCCAGAUCAUGGUCCCAGGAUUAUGAUGACGAUGUGACAGAGCCGCGGGAUGAGGUAAUGGCUUCCGCGGAAACAGUACGAAGCAGGCGAGUCCAGUUCGAAGAACACAGUAAGUCACCGAGACAAAGUCGAAAAAGUAAAUUUGCGCCAAAGUUCCGUCAGGUAGCAGGUCCAAAAAAUUGGUUCGGCCUUCCACAGAGUGAAGAUUUAUGAAGUGUUUAUAAUUGACAGAAUUUGCAUGGAAGUUGAUAUUUGAUUUAUUCUCUUUAGGUAUAAACACUAGUUGUAAUAGCAAUAGCAAUAGUUGUAGCAAUAGUUGCUACCAUUAGUAACGGUAUAGAAUUAGUUAAUUUUUUAAUUUUUUUUCAUCUGGAUAUAUGAAAUUUAAUGUUUGAGAGCGUGGUACUUCUGAAGUCGAUUUCUGUAUUUUUAAAAUUUACAAAACUCUAACAAAGACUUGUCGUUGACAAUAUAAAUAUGUAUUUUGCAACAUCGUAUUUUUUAUGUACAGAAUCACAGUGUUAAGACUCUUUUUUGUUAUAAUUAAAUAUAGAUGCUAAAAUAAGCAUUAAUGUAUUAUGGUCUGGACGUAAUGAAAAAAGGUGUACAGAUGAACAAAACCUAUUGUGAGCAAUAUAGCCUAUUACUUCCAAAAUUGCCAAUUAUAAUCCACACAUAUCUGUUAUGAUAUAUGUUUAUAUCGAAACGUAUUAAACACCGAACAAGAAAUAAACAUAUAGAGGCUAUGAACAACUGGAUGAUAAUAAAAACGAUUAAACUUUUAGAGAGCCACUGUGAGUUGGGAGCAACUAAUAACCUAUUAUUACAUAGUAAUAUAAAAGAUAUUAAUAUAGAUUUCGUUUAAUAUGGAUUUGGCAGAUUAUAAAUAUCAAUUUUGGUAAAAUAAUAUUAGAAAACAGACUUAUAUAUUACCGGAUGAGUAAGACAAAGUAGUUGUAUACUUCAAAGAAAACGAAUUAUUUAGCCAUUUUGGAACAAAACGGUGGAUAUCGACAGCUGUGGUUUCGGCCUAGAUUUGAAAUGACGUAGAUUUAUCUGCUCAAUAUUACGUAAUAGUAAGAUAAAUUGAUUUUGUCUUGUUUCAAUACUAUACGGAAUUUAUCCUUUUUGCUAGACCUAUUAAUAAUAACAACGUCCAAACUCAUUCAAUUAAAAUCAUUGGCUACGCCUAACUUCUUUGGAACAUCUGUUAGCCAAUGAUCUGGUACUUUAUACUGACUGAAAUUCUGUUAUGGCAGUAUAUAAACCAGGAAAUAAUCAUAUUGACAAACCAAAAGUAAUUAACACAUUUUCAGCAAAGAAAUAGAAAAGUGACCGAUAACCAUCAGGUGACGUCAUAAAAUCUGGGGAACUACCAAGAUGUCUGUAAUUAUAAAUUGCGAUAUGCCUAAAUGUAAGAACAGUGCAUCCUGAUGGGACAUAAUAUGGAUUCUCUCUGUAAUGAGAUUUACAAACAGCGUAUGAAAUCGGAAAAAUAAAAUAUAUAUCUAAAUGA